UGGUAGGUUUUAUUCAAGCCUGUUUCCAUCCAGACCAUGUGGUGGGUUUUAUUCAAGCCUGUUUCCAUCCAGACCAUGUGGUGGGUUUUAUUCAAGCCUGUUUCCAUCCAGACCAUGUGGUAGGUUUUAUUCAAGCCUGUUUCCAUCCAGACCAUGUGGUGGGUUUUAUUCAAGCCUGUUUCCAUCCAGACCAUGUGGUGGGUUUUAUUCAAGCCUGUUUCCAUCCAGACCAUGUGGUAGGUUUUAUUCAAGCCUGUUUCCAUCCAGACCAUGUGGUGGGUUUUAUUCAAGCCUGGUUCCAUCCAGACCAUGUGGUAGGUUUUAUUCAAGCCUGUUUCCAUCCAGACCAUGUGGUGGGUUUUAUUCAAGCCUGUUUCCAUCCAGACUGAGUGGUGGGUUUUAUUCAAGCCUGUUUCCAUCCAGACCAUGUGGUGGGUUUUAUUCAAGCCUGGUUCCAUACAGACCAUGUGGUGGGUUUUAUUCAAGCCUGGUUCCAUCCAGACCAUGUGGUAGGUUUUAUUCAAGCCUGUUUCCAUCCAGACCAUGUGGUGGGUUUUAUUCAAGCCUGUUUCCAUCCAGACUUUUAUUCUGUUUCCAUAAAGUAAACACACACACAAUAUUCUUUUUCAGUACUGUAAUAGAAUGACCUAGAACCUCUACGCUUUCACCUGUUAUGGCUUUGCCUCUUCCCCUGUGUAGAUCCUGCAGGGGUGGGCAACUCCAGUCGUCGAGGGCCUUAUUGGUAUCACACUUUUCAGUGGUGUAAAGUACUUAAGUAAACAUACUUGAAAGUUCAACUUAAGUCGUUUUUUUGGGGUAACUGUUGUUUAUUGAUGUAAUUUAAUUAUGCCAAUGUGCUUUCAUCAAUUGAAAGCCCUUAAUCUAUUUUAUGAGAAUUUCUAAGAUUUCUUGUUUGCAUAAAAUAGAUGCAGACCAGUCUUUCAAUAAAAGGUAAUAGAAUUUAUUCUCGGAGCGCGCUGCCACUUAACCACGAACAACAGUUUAUAUACAGAUCAUGACAUAAUUUCAUUGCUUUAACAGAAUCCCCUCCUCUCGACCGGGACAAAGUGAGGUGAAAAGUUCAUUCUAACUUACUAACACACUCCCAGAUAACUUUUGACCCCUCAACAUUAUCGAUCACCACUGAACUGACAGUUCUAAUUAAUAGAAAACUUGGGAAAGCACUCACUGUCUUAUCUAAAAACCCAGAGCUAAGUUUCUGUAGGGUCAACCAUAGGCUAACGACCUUAUGUGUUUACACAGUCCCCAACCCAUUAGUUUCUUCCUAGUUGGAAUGGUGUUCAUUAACUUUAAUUACUCCUUGUCCGUGUCACACAAUCCCUUCUUAUGAACUCAUAUUGUGAAAUCAGAUAUAAAACAGAGUAUAAGUUUACUUAGUUACAAUUCUUAUUUAAAAUGAUUUGUUCAGUCAUUUAAUCAUAAUUGUCCCAUUAACUGUACUUUUGUAUUUUUGACUACUUUUACUGAACUACAUUCCUAAAGAAAAUUAUGAAUUUUUUACUCCAAACAUUUUCCAUGAUAAUCAAAAGUACUUGUUACAUUUUGAAUUGUUAGCAGGACAGAAAAGUUGUCUAAUUCACACACUUAAUCAAGAAAACACCCCUGGUUAUCACUACAUCCUGUGAUCUGGCAGACUCACUAAACACAUGCUUCGUUUGUAAAUGAUGUCUGAGUGUUGGAGUGUGCUAUCGGUUUAAAAAAAAAAGAUGAAAAUUGUGCCGUCUGAUGCCAAUUUUUCUCCCCAGUUUUGUGAUAUCCAAUUGGUAGUUAGUCUUGUCCCAUCAUCGGAGGAAACACCGUAAAAACUGGCGACCAUGUCAGCGUGCAUGCGUCCGGCCCGCCACAGGAGUUGCUCGAGUGGCCUAACCCGGACAAUGCUGGGCCAAUUUUGUACCACCUCAUGGAUCUCCGGGUUGCGCCCGGAUCGAAUCCGGAUCUGUAGUGACGCCUCUAGCGCGGCGAUGCAGUGCCUUAGACCGCUGUGCCAUUCAGGAGGCCUACUUUUGAUACUUAAGUCUGUGCUGCAGGCGCUGCAUGGCUGCUGUGAGCGGGCGGUGAAGGGUGCAGUGAUUCCAGGCUGUGGGCUGGACUGGGCCCAACACUACUAUGGGCAUGUGGAGUCUAACCGCCUCUGUCUAAACGAGUGGGGCGCUAUGACAGGCCUGGAGUCAAUCAGGAGGGACAGCGCCGGACAGAGCUCGACGGAAAGGGUGUCUGUGGAGAGGCAGAUCAAAGAGGAACUCCGAGACAUCAUGAGAACAGAGGACCUGGAGAACAUCACCUCCAAACAGGUCCGCAGUGCCCUGGAGGCCAGGAUAGGCAUGGAUAUGAAGAAUUACAAGGAAUACAUCGACAAUGAAAUGAUGGUCACCAUGGCGCAGAUGGACAAGCCCUCCAAAAUAUUUGACUAUUUGUUCCUGGGGUCUGAGUGGAAUGCUGCCAACUUUGAGGAGCUACAGAAAAACAAUGUGGGAUACAUCCUGAACAUUACGCGGGAGAUCGAUAACUUCUUCCCAGAGUCCUUCAGCUACAUGAACAUCAGGGUGUACGACGUGGAGGCUACAGACCUGCUGUCCCACUGGAAAGACACAUACACCUUCAUCAACACAGCCAGGCAGAGUGGCAAGGCGGUGCUGGUGCAUUGUAAGAUGGGCGUGUCUCGCUCUGGGUCCACAGUGGUGGCCUACGCCAUGAAGCAGCAGCGCUGGCCCCUGGAGGUGGCUCUGUCCUACGUCAGGGACCGCAGGCCCAUUGUCCAGCCCAACGUCGGCUUCAUGAAGCAACUCCACACCUAUAGUGGCAUCCUUAACGCCAGUCAGCAGCGCCACAGCGCUCUCUGGAGGCGGAUGUCGCGAGAGAAGAGAAAGAGGUCUGCUGCUUCACACAGCAACGAAGAAGAGGAGGAGGAGGAGAGUGAUGAGGAGGAUGAAGAAGAGACGGAGAGUCCAGAUGAAGUUGAUGAGGCAGAUAAAGAGGUAUUUGAAGAGCCUGCCCCCAAGGUUGAGACUGACGGAGAAGCUUCACUCACGGAACUGGCCUCCCCACUCACGGAACUGGCCUCCCCACUCACGGAACUGGCCUCCCCACUCACGGAACUGGCCUCCCCACUCACGGAACUGGCCUCCCCACUCACGGAACUGGCCUCCCCACUCACGGAACUGGCCUCCCCACUCACGGAACCGGCCUCCCCACUCACGGAACCGGCCUCCCCACUCACGGAACCGGCCUCCCCACUCACGGAACCGGCCGCCCCACCCACGGAACCGGCCGCCCCACCCACGGAACCGGCCGCCCCACCCACGGAACCGGCCGCCCCACCCACGGAACCGGCCGCCCCACCCACGGAACCGGCCGCCCCACCCACGGAACCGGCCGCCCCACCCACGGAACUGUCUGCAGCUAAUCCCCUUAUCACUGUACACGACAGUGACAAGGCGUCCUCUCAGAGCCCCAGUCGCAGUGGCAGGAUGAACCUCUUCUCUCUCAUGCAGUCCAUCAACGAACUGGACGAUGAGGAUCUAAGGAAUGAACAGAUUGCCAACAGUCACCGGCGGUCUCCAGGGCAGCGGAGGCGGAGUCAUGGACGGAAGGGCCUCAUGCAUCAGAGGGCCCAUGUGGACGGUUCACCUGAGCCAAGCAGCCUAUCAGGUCCCAGAAAAUGUGAAGGGGCAGGGCCAAGUAAACCUGAGUCCAGGGAAGGAGAUACCAAGACGAUGGAAGGGCAGUAGAGGGAGAGAAGGGGAGAAUGGUUGGAGAAAGAGAAGCCUAGAGUAGACACUAAUAGGAAGAGAUGAAAUGUUCUGCCUUCUUUCAAGCUAUAAACAUGAAAGUAUCACCCAAAGGUAUUUAUAUACAUCAUACUACUUAAGCCUUGUUCACACUGCAGGCCUUAAAAGCUCAAAUCAGUGUUUUUCAAUUCUGUUUUGGAAUACUGACUGUCCAAACAGCAAGUUACAAGUAACCAAAUCAGAUUUGUUUGUUCAGACGGCAGUCAUUUGCUUACAUGGCUACACUAGCUGUCAUGGCAUUGAUGGGUGUGUGUGUGUAGUGGUGUAGACUGAUUCACUCAUUUGUUUGUAAACAAUUAACAAGCUUGUUAGCUACCACGUUCUUGUCAAACUGUCAGUGGCUAGCAAGCAACAAGAUAUGCCAAAUAAGUCUAAAAACCAUUUGCGGGCAAAUAAAUCCGGUUUGACCGUUCAGACACAAGUUGCAUGGCCAGGAAUCCGAUUAGUACCUGAUUUCAACCCACCUACGAAGGUGUUUUGAAAUGUGGCUUGAAAUAUGUUUGUCUGUUCCUACUGCAGGAAAAAGAACAGAUUUGAAUCAUAUAUGCAUUUCUUUAGUUACUUCAAACUGCCAAUGUGAACAAGGCUUUAGACUCCCAACUAGCAUAGCGUUAUACACGGAGUAUACAAAACAUUCAUCGGGGCAUGGACACUACAAGCUGUCACGCGUUCCACAGGGAUGCUGGCAAAUGUCGACUUCAAUCCUCGCCACAGCUGUGUCAAGUUGAGUGUGAAAAACCCAGCAGCGUUGCAGUUCUUGACACACUCAAACUGGUGCACAUUACACCGUUCAAAUGCACUUAAAUAUUUUGCUUUGCUGAUUUCACCCACUGAAUGGCACACAAACACAAUCCUCGUCUCAAAGCUUAAAAAUCCUUGUUUAACCGGUCUCCUCCCCAUCAUCUACACUGAUUUGAAGUGGUGACAUCAAUAAGGGAUCAUAACUUUCUCCUGGAUUCACCUGGUCAGUCUGUCAUGGAAAGAGGUGUUCCUAAUGUUUUCUACACUCAGUGUAUCAUUUGAUUAUUUAAGUGUCAUUCCUUUUGCACAAUAUUUCAUUUUAGGUUAUUUUAAUGUAUCAAACAAAACCUGUUCCCCAACACAUUUACUCCAUUGGUAGUGAUGGUUCACUUAUUUUUAUGUCACUGCAGUAUUACGACACCAAUAAUUAUGUGUAUGACCAAAGCUUAGUAUUUCUGGUGAGACUUACCUACUGUCACUGAAGUUGGAAUGUAUGUACAUUAUCAUACCGCAUGUGUAGUGUGCCCUCCUUCUCUCCUCAUGACCUAUGACCUCUAUGCAAUAAUUAAUUUGUCUUCUCUGAAUACCUGCCAGUUCAGGUUGUGUAUUUUAAGUGCCCUUAUUUUAGGGGUUUUCUUUUUUUACAAACAAGCUAGAUCUUUUUAGAGUUUAUGAAAAUGUCAUGCUGUCUCAAUGAUCCAAAACUUGAAUUUUCUCACUGAGGUUUCAAAAUAGUAAUGUUGAGUGACUGUUUUAAGCUGUGUUAUUAUUCUGGACCAAUUCAUGACCAAUCCAAGGCCACCAGACUGUUUGCCAAUUCUGUUCCCCUGUGCCAAUGAACUUUCUGUCCUUGAGUUUUAGGGCCCAAUUCAAUCAGAUGUGCUUCAGCAGACGGCCGCGUAGCUAAUGUUUUGACGGUGUUGGAGGUGGAACUUCAUUAGAGCUGUCAAAUUCACAAGUGGCUCCCAGCAUGCAGUCGCAUUAAGAAAAAACCCAUGCAGACUUGUUUACAAGUUGGGACACUGGAAUGUGAGAUGUAAUCCACACCUCGAUUAUGCUGAUUUUAGAAAUCUUCAUUUAUUUUGUUAAAUGAUUUUUCAAUUUGAGCGUAAUUAUUUCUAUAUAGCCUUCACUUUCUCAUUCUGAACUUCCUCCGUGAGUGCAGCAGAUUGUGUUACAAUGAUGGAGCAGCUGCUCACUGAUUAGACAGUUCCACUCACCUGCGACACCACCAAAACAUCCGCUAAGCGGUUGCCUGCUGUCGCCGGUUAACGCUUGAACUGAUUGAAUGUAAGCCUUAAUCUAAAGACAAGAUUUGAGGAUCAUUAGAAAACUCGUACCCUCUUUUUUUUAAAUUUUAAUCUUUGGUGUUAAAUCCCUUAAGUUAUUGGAGAUUUUUUUUUUAAAUAUUUCACUGUCGUUCCACAAAUAGCCUUGCUGUAAGAGUGCCUUGGACGUGGGACCUAAAUAACCAAGUUAUUUCCCGAAUACACAGACCCUGAUUUAAAGUAUUUAUGAUAUCUACGGUAUAUUGCUAUUUCUCUGAGCUGGUGGCUUUUUUAAAUAUUGUUUUAACGGUUUGUCUUCAUGACCAGCGUGCAUGUUAGCAUGAUUUUGUUCAGGUUACAGUUUUUGUGUCUAUUUUGGACUUUUGAGGUAGUAAGUCGCUUUGGAUAAAAGCGUCUGCUAAAUGGCAUUUAUUAUUAUUUCCUCAGUUAAACUGAAUGGUUCUUCAUGCUGAUUUCUUUAUCGAUCCAUUUUUUUUUUUUUUAAGUCUUCAGCUGGCUGUGUUUUUAUAUUCAUCAUUGAAACAAGUUUCCUCCAUCAUCAUCAUCAUCAUCAUCAUCCCAUUGACACUGCCUGAGCCGACCUCUGCUGUACUGCAAUCAAAUCCAUCAAUGACCUGUAUCUGUCAUUGUUCUGGAUAAGUGUUAUCUCCCCCACUGUUUACAGCUAUACUGUAUGAGUGAAUAAAUGUUUCAGAGUAACCAAUA